AAGCUUCAAGAACUUCACUCAGAAAUCAAUCACCUCUUGCAUACCUUCCUACAAACUCUAAGCAAUCAAGAGAGAUCGAGAUGGCAUUCUCAAAGAAUUUUCUUCUUGUCGCCCUUGCCUUUGCUGUUCUCCUCAUCUCUGCUGAGGUCUCGGCUCAUCGUGACCUAGCUGAGGCUACUACUACUACUCAAAAAGCCAACACUGACGGUUACGGACAUGGCGGCCAUGGAGGCGGAGGAUAUGGACAUGGAGGAGGAGGAUAUGGACAUGGAGGAGGAGGAUAUGGACAUGGAGGCGGAGGAUAUGGACAUGGAGGACAUGGUGGAGGCGGAGGACAUGGACCUCAUGCUGUUGAGACUGAAACUAAGAACUAGAUGAUGAUGACCCUUUGUAUGCAUGCAGUUGUGUGUAUAUUGCACUAUUGCAGGCGUACGUACCUGAUGCAAGGCUAUUAAUAUGGAAGCAGUAGUAGCUUGUUUCGAAUAAUAAUAUGUAUUGGUUGAGCAGUCCAUCAAACUCUCAAUCGAUCAUAUCUUUGUAAUAUGAUCCUCGUAUGUUCAUGUUAUGAACAAUCUAUGUUCCACUUAAAUUAGCUGAA